AUGGUCACUACUGCCACCUCAAAUCGUUCUUAUCUUUCACAAUUUGCAAAAUCAGAAUGGUCUUGCAUUAAUAUAGUAGAGCUAGAAGCACGGGAUGUUUUCCACUUGAAUGUGACCAAAUACUGCCAUGAAGAUUUGUGCGUGGAUGCCGCCUUCUUUGAGAUCUACAGUGGUAAGGUUUUCGAUCUUCUCAACAAGAAGACGAAGCUGCGCGUACUGGAAGAUGGCAAGAACCAGGUACAAGUUGUGGGUCUUCGUCAUGAACCGGUGCAUUCUGUUGAAGAUGUUCUCAGACUUCUUAAACACGGAGCUGAUAGUCGAACAUCGGGAAUAACCUCCGCAAACCAGCACUCAAGUCGGUCACACGCUGUCUUUCAGGAGUGUAUUCGAGCUUUAGGUCGUAAGGGUGCUCACCGGCCCUUCAGAGCCAGUAAAUUAACCCAAGUACUGCGUGACUCCUUCAUUGGCGAUCGAUCACGAACCUGCAUGAUUGCAAUGAUCUCGCCUGGCAUUUCCUCCUGCGAACAUACCCUCAAUACACUGCGCUACGCUGAUCGCGUCAAAGAACUGGGCCCAGCAAAUAUCAACGGCGGAACCGGAAAUGGAGGCCAGGGAACAGGUGAUGCCAACUACCUUGCAGGUCAAUUCUCCACUCGUGGACCACAGAUAAGUCGAAUGAGCGCAGCAGGUGGUGGUGGUCGUGGAGAUCCUUCAGGAAAUGUUCUCUACUCCUCUUAUAACGGAAGUGGUGGUGUGUCCCUUCACGGUUCAUCAGGUGGUGCCUACGGUGGUGCAUUGGAUGAAGCCGAUUAUGAUGACGAGAAUGAUGACGAUGACCUCGCGAUGUUAAGAUCAGCCAAUGACGGAGAGGUCUCGGAGGAAUUGUUCAACUUCCACGAGGUCGUUCGACAUAUUGAACAGCUGGAGGAAGAUGUUUGCGAUGAUCAUGCAACUCUAUGCAAUAAUAUGGUAAAGUGGACCACAGAACACCAGCGACUGCUGAAAGAGACCAUGAAAGUUCCAUACGACGUCGAAGCUUACGCUUCUCGUUUGGAGGAACUACUGUCAACACAGGCUAAUUCCCUUCUGGCUCUCAAAGACAAGGUCUCAAUGUGGCGACGUGAGAUGAGACAGGAGGAGGAGAUCAGCACCAAACUCAAGAAAGGCCGACGAAACUAG